CGGACACAGGUGGGUGAACUAGAACAUUUUUUUCAUGAGCAUGAGCUGAUUCUAAAUGAAGCUGAGCAUGUUGUCAGUAAAGAUGUAGUAUGUGCAGGGUGCAAAUUGCCGAUAAACAGAGUCCUAGACGCGUUUUAUAGGUUUUUUGCUCACGUGAAAUGUGCUUCACUGACAGAAAUGUUGAGCGAAAGUGAUAUUGAUGAUGAAGCAGAUUGCGGAGAGUCCAGUUUGAUGCACUUCCCAGUGCAUGAUCAAGCAUCACUGCACGAAACGAUGCAACAAUGUAUCAUCAAGGCAGCAAAUUCCCUCCUGCAUGACUCUGCCAAUGCGGAACCUUUACCUUAUAUCAACCAUUGGACUCAUAAACACCCGCUGACACUUAGAAACAAGAACGCAACAACUUCAACCUCUAACUUGAAACAUAAAUUAGCAGAAACUGAAUUGCUAAUCUGUGACGGGUGCACUAAACCUAUAUCUUUGGUUGAUGAUAUAUCCUACGAAUGCAAUUUAUGCAAAUUUUUUCUCCACAAAUCAUGCGCCCUAUUUCCAGAAGAGAUUGAGCAUCAUCUAGCAGGCAAGCUGUGGGGAGUACAAGUAGAUAACGAACAAAUAAUUUAUUGCCAGGGUUGCAGUCAUCUUGGUAAUGGGAUUUUCAUGCGCAAUGAAACAGCCUGUUUUGAUAUCGGGUGUGCUUCGUUACCCAGAAUAAUCAAACAUGAAUCUCAUCGUCAUCCUCUUAAGCAAUUACCAUAUCCAGAUGAUUAUAUUUGCAAAGCAUGUCGUUCUGAACUUUUAACAGACAGAGAAAUUAUGAUGUAUGGAUGUGAAAGAUGCGAAUUCUACAUACAUAUAUGGUGUGCGUUAAGGCCACGUCGGGUGAAUCAUCGAUGGGAUCCUCAUACUCUGGACCUGAUUCUGUCGCUCAACAAUGUACCUGAUCAUCCUCAUGAAUUCGAGUGUGAACUCUGUUCCGAGCAGAUAGACCCAAACACUUGGUUCUAUCACUGCAAUGUUUGUGAUCUAUCAUUUGAUACUUUCUGUAUUGAUCCUGAUUCCUGGCUCUCCAAUAUCAAGCUUGGUGCCACCAACAUUCAUACCGACUCACAUCCUCACUCACACGGCCUGACAUUGGCCGUGAAUAAAAAGAAGAGGAAAUGCGACAAGUGUGGUAUAGAUGCACCCGGCUGGAUAGUCCUCGAAUGUUCAGAAUGCGAAUUUAUGGUUCAUGUGCGUUGUUGAUGAAAUCAGACUUCAAAUCAGAUGCUGCACUUGUGUCAAAUGUAAUGAAGAAUGAAAGUGUCUUAUUGCAAAGCCUGAUGGAGCAUUGCACUAGAAUAAAAGGCCUUUGGCUAUAUUUUUUUCUUUGGAAUGCAAAAAUUAUCAACUAUGUUCUUGCUCCUCAAAACAAUGGUCUUAAUUACCAUAUUUGUGUUGAAAACAUAUUGUACUCUUAUAAAAUA